AUGUCUCUUAUCGGUCAUGUCUUCAACAGAAGCCUCCAAAGAAAUAUCCCGGUGUAUCUCUCUGAGACCGAUCCCGGCUUCACUCGUCUCACCACGGUCAUCGAUCAAAACGUGAAAUUUGCCGCUCUUGCCUUGCUCAAAGAGCGCUUCGAGAGUGGUAGCCUGUUCAAUGAAUCGGACAUGAGGCUGAUGGAACGGGUUACUAUUACUAACCUGUUCCACGGAAGCCCCGGUGAUCCUAACGAGCAUUUGUCUGUUCAAGGUGAAUAUAACAAUGGUAACAUGGUUAAGGGUGGGCAUGCUUCUGUUGAUGCAUCCAAGCAGACAAUAAGGGUUUCACCCACACACACGCUUCCCCUUACCAAUCACAGAAAUAUCAAACACCUGCUAACUGACGCCUACUCCUGCUACUUAGCAAGCUAG